AUGUUAAGUUUAAGAAACUCAUUAUUGAAGAAAUCAACCGCUGCAGAAAAAUUAUCAUUAUUGGUAAGGAAAAAUAGACAGUUUGCUACCACUUCAAAUGCAGAAGACGUCAGCUCCAAGUACAAUGUUAUCGAUCAUGAAUAUGAUUGUGUUGUUGUUGGUGCUGGUGGUGCUGGUUUAAGAGCUGCUUUUGGUUUAGCUGAAGCUGGUUUUAAGACUGCUUGUGUCUCUAAAUUAUUCCCAACAAGAUCACACACAGUCGCUGCUCAAGGUGGUAUCAAUGCUGCUUUGGGUAAUGUCCAUCCAGAUGACUGGAGAUGGCAUAUGUACGAUACAGUCAAGGGUUCUGAUUGGUUAGGUGACCAAGAUGCUAUCCAUUAUAUGACUAGAGAAGCUCCAGAAUCUAUCAUUGAAUUGGAACAUUUCGGUAUGCCUUUCUCAAGAUUGGAAAGUGGUAGAAUCUACCAAAGAGCAUUCGGUGGUCAAUCUAAGGAUUUUGGUAAAAAGGGUCAAGCUUACAGAACUUGUGCUGUUGCCGAUAGAACUGGUCACGCUAUGUUGCAUACUUUAUAUAGUGAAGCAUUGAAACACGAUACUCACUUCUUCAUUGAAUAUUUUGCUAUGGAUUUAUUGACACACAAUGGUGAAGUUCGUGGUGUUAUUGCUUACAACCAAGAAGAUGGUACUAUCCAUAGAUUUAAGGCUCACAAAACUGUUAUUGCCACUGGUGGUUACGGGAGAGCUUACUUCUCAUGUACUUCUGCCCAUACCUGUACCGGUGAUGGUAACGCUAUGGUUUCUCGUGCUGGUUUCCCAUUGCAAGAUUUAGAAUUUGUCCAAUUCCAUCCAUCUGGUAUCUAUGGUUCUGGUUGUUUGAUCACAGAAGGUGCCCGUGGUGAAGGUGGUUAUUUAUUAAACUCUGAAGGUGAAAGAUUUAUGGAAAGAUAUGCUCCAACUGCCAAAGAUUUAGCAUCCAGAGAUGUUGUUUCUAGAGCUAUUACAAUGGAAAUCAAUGCUGGUAGAGGUGUAGGUAAAAAUAAGGAUCACAUUUUCUUGCAAUUGAGCCAUUUGCCACAAGAAGUCUUGAAGGAAAGAUUACCAGGUAUCUCCGAAACCGCUUCCAUUUUUGCAGGUGUUGAUGUCACCAAACAACCAAUUCCAGUUUUGCCAACAGUUCAUUACAAUAUGGGUGGUAUCCCAACUAAAUGGACAGGUGAAGCCUUAACUGUCGAUGAAGAAGGUAACGAUAAACCUAUUCCAGGUUUGUUUGCCUGUGGUGAAGCUGCCUGUGUUUCUGUCCAUGGUGCUAACAGAUUGGGUGCCAACUCUUUGCUAGAUUUAGUUGUCUUCGGUAGAGCUGUUUCUCACACCAUUUCUGAUACUUUACAACCAGGUCUACCUCACAAACCAUUGCCAAACGAUAUUGGCAAAGAAUCUUUAGCUAGAUUAGACAAGUUGAGAAACAGUGAAGGUCCAGUUCAUACUUCUGCUAUUAGAUUAAAGAUGCAAAAGGCUAUGCAAAAGAACGUUUCAGUCUUUAGAACUCAAGAAACCUUAGAUAAGGGUGUAGAAGAAGUUGAAGCUAUAGAUAAGACUUUCGAAAAGGAUGUCGGUAUUGCUGACAAAUCUAUGAUCUGGAACUCUGAUUUGGUUGAAACCAUGGAAUUGCAAAACUUGUUGACUUGUGCUACUCAAACCGCCGUUUCUGCUGCUAACAGAAAGGAAUCUCGUGGUGCUCACGCUAGAGAAGAUUAUCCAAAGAGAAACGAUGAAGAAUGGAUGAAGCACACUUUAUCAUGGCAAAAGGACACUGGUGAUGCUGUUACCUUGAAAUACAGAAACGUUGUUUACAAGACUUUGGAUGAAAAAGAAUGUCCAUCCGUUCCACCAGCCAUCAGAAAGUAUUAG